AUGGCAGCCACAACAGCGAACAACGAUCUGGAUGCGACCAGGCGCAACAAAAAGCCUCGCUUACUGCAGGAAGGUGAAAGGGCCAGGCUGGACGAAUACAUCGACUCAAUUGGCUAUUCUGCAAGAUACAACGACAGCGAGUACGAGUAUCGACAUGUGCAGCUACCAAAGGCCAUGCUGAAAGCCAUACCUCGAGACUACUUCGAUCCUGCCAAAGGUACAUUGAAGCUAUUGUGGGAAGAAGAGUGGAGGGGUCUGGGUAUAACACAGAGUUUAGGCUGGGAGCACUAUGAGGUUCAUGAACCAGAGCCACACAUUCUCCUCUUCAAGAGACCCAUGAACUACCAGGCUCCUCAGUAG